AUGAAGCAGCGCGUCACGCUACUGCAUCCUGAGUACACAUAUAUUGAUGGCAGUGGAUUGAAUGCUACGCACGGCAGAGAAUUGGUCGGCAAGCCAGCACUUGAGAAGCGCGUCACUGCCAGCUUGAGCGAAUUGCCUCCUGAAUUACGCAACCUCCCCUUAUGGUCCAACACGCACGAGCUGCAUAUCCGAUGGGUUUCUUCGGAAUACCAUGAGCCCCCUACAACCUUUGCUUCUCGUUUACCAUCUGGACUUCAUGUCUUCUUCACACCUAGUGCGAGGAACGAGAGCUACAAUCCUUGCCUUCUCCUGACUUAUCUGUUUGACCGUGACAUGCGAUGUUCUUCUCCCGCAGAGUCAUUCAGUCGACCGCCUAUACUCUCAGAGCGGUUCUCAGCGUCUUCAGCGUACCAGUUCUACCAGCCACUACCGCGCAUUUUCCGAUUCCAGUUAUCUAUGGGUUUAUUCUUCUGCACGAGUGCCGAAAACAGCACCAGCAAUGUCAGCCGCGACGCAUCCUCCGAACACAAUCGGACUGUUUCGGACUUAAGCCGGGAGAGCACGAACACCUCUGCUGGAUAUGUGCACGAGAAUCUAUCCGCCAGGCACAAAUGCAUGGAACAUGCUGUGAGCCUGGCGUACGCCAGCUACCUUGAUAUCGAUUACGACGCCAUCAGCGGUUCAGUUACAGCGACGGCAUUCUGGAGCUCUGAACUUGCACGCCCUGCAGUCGAGCGUGGGAGCAGGGUCUUAGUCAGUGAUAGUGAUAGUUUGGAGCUUGGCCUCUUCGUGCCGGAGAAGGCUGAGGAAGCUGAGGAGCUCAAGAUUGGAGGGUAUGUGAUUAUGGUGGAGGAGGACGAGGAGCCAAGUCCCGUCCUCUUCUCAUUCCCCUCGCGGCACCACCCUCUACCAUCUUCAUCCCCAGCAACAUUCGUAGCCAGCUUCCUGCAACCCACCGGCCUGCAUCCAAACCUCGAACUCACACUUCCACGCCAGCAUCUACUACCACCAAAAGACGACGGCUCGUGCGCUCUGCACGUCUACCUGACCCUCCCCUCCGCACUGUUCCUAGACCGCUACCAACUCUCCGAUCCCGCAUAUCUCGCCUCACAAAACCUCAUCGCUCUACGCAGUCUAAGCGGAGAGCAAGACCUCGAGGCCCCAGACUGGGUCAUCAAGCGCUGGGGCAGCGCAGCACUGAUCGAGCUUGCCCACCCGGCCAACAUCUCCAGCGACCAGCGGAAUGCAAAUUGGACCGUCACGAUACCGACUCACCUCCGCUAUCUUCGACCCCAGCCGAACGAUACCACGCCCGGUUACACAACCCUCGAUAUCCCGUGGCCGAUCAUGUUCUGGGCUUGCGAGGCCACGGAGGGACUGAAGAUGCACACUAACCCUUUCGACCGAGUGAAUCUGGGGUAUGACGGCUUAUUCGGGCCGAAGACUAUGUUCUACCAUAUCCCUCCUUCUACGUCACGCGGUCAGGUUCUGGUUGAAAAGCUUACGGUGCCGGUUUUGGAGCCGUCGUGGGCGGGGAUUGUGCAGUGGGGUACUCUGUUUGCUUUGCUCGGCGGGUUUCUCUGGGUUUGCUGGGGUUUGGCUAAGGCUGCUGGGGUCGGCGAGCUGUGGACGGGUCGUAGUAGUGGAAGGGACGAGCACGAUAAGAAGCAGUAA